GAUCGAUAUGCAUGAUGAUGCUUUCCCUAUUUAUGUCAUGUCUGCGUCCGCGACGAAUUGCGUAUUUGGAUCCAAUAUUUGCCAGAAGUACUGACCAGUAGACCAGUGUCAUGUCCUAUCAAGGGACAACGCUGCCUUCUGUGGCGGCCAUGUCCCAGAAGACGGAGGCCCCGAGCCAAGGGAGCAAACGAGAGGACUGGAGGAAGGCCAAGGAGUUAGAAGAGGCUCGUAAAGCUGGUACUGCUCCUGCUUUGGUUGAUGAAGAGGGAAAGGACAUCAAUCCACAUAUCCCACAAUACAUUGCAACAGUACCAUGGUAUGUUGGCUUUGACAAACCUACCCUCAAGCAUCAGCGGCCUCAGAGAUUCAAGAAAGAUGUGUCGGCCAUUAGUUCCUGGUACAAGAAAGGUGUGGAGGAGGGGUCUAUGUCUACAAAGUUUAGGAAAGGUGCAUGCGAGAACUGUGGCUCAAUGACGCAUAAGAAAAAGGACUGUGUUGAGAGACCGCGUAAAGUCGGCGCUAAAUUUUCCGGGGAGGACCUUGCCCCGGAUGAACACUUGCAGCCCAACCUCCACUUUGACUACGAUGGUAAGAGGGAUCGGUGGAACGGAUAUAACCCAGAGGAACAUGAAGCCGUCAUUGAAGAGUACGCAAAGAUGGAAGAGGCCAAGAAACAGCUGAAAGCAAAGAAACUCCAAAAUGAAAUGAUAUCAGGGGAUCUGGAGAAAGAAAGGGAUAGCGACGAAAGUGAUGCAGAUGAGGAUAAAUAUGCUGAUUCCUUUGACAUGCCUGGAACGAAUUUUGACAGUAAAAGGCGAAUUACAGUGAGAAACCUCCGCAUUCGUGAGGACACAGCUAAGUACUUGUACAACCUGAACCCCAACUCGGCCUACUACGACCCCAAAACAAGAUCGAUGAGGGAUAAUCCUUAUAAAGAUGUAGGAGCAAAUCCCGAUGAUCUAAAGUUUGCUGGAGAUAAUUUCAUAAGAGAAGGAGGUGACACAGUCUCUAUGGCAAAAGCACAGAUGUUUGCAUGGGACGCAUCCAACCGCGGUACCGAUGUCCAUCUCCAGGCAGAGCCAACCAAGCUAGACCUCCUUCAUAAAGAAUUUGGCAGCAAGAAGGAAAACUUCAAGAAAAGUCAGAAAGAGACCAUACUCGAAAAGUAUGGUGGUGAAGAGCACUUGGAGGCGCCCCCUAAGCAGUUGCUGCUGGCUCAAACGGAGGAAUAUGUUGAGUAUUCAAGACAUGGUACUGUUAUUAAAGGACAAGAGAAGGCUCCAGUCAAAUCCAAGUAUGAAGAAGACGUCUUCCUGGCCAAUCACUUGAGUGUUUGGGGGUCGUACUGGAGAGAUGGCCAGUGGGGCUACCGCUGCUGCCAUUCGUUCGUUCGAGGCUCGUACUGCACUGGGGCAGCGGGUAGGAUGGCUGCCACAGAAGACUCCGUCAUCCUGCCUUCUGAACCUUCUGACGCCAUCCCCAGAAAUGAUGAAGAGGAGGAUGAUGAGCCUCAAAAAUCACUUGUGGAGCAACAUAAGGAAAAGCUAGACUUAGAGAAGGAGAGGAAGAAGGAAAAGAGGAGAAAGAAGAAAAGGAAACAGAAGGAGCUGAGAAAACAGAAAGAAAAAGAAAAGAGAGGGAAGAAGAAAAAGAAGAGGCGACAUAGCUCCGACGAGUCAGACUCUUCAGAUUCCAGUAGUAGUGAAGAUAGCAGUGAAGAGAAGGAAGAGGAUGAGGAAGCCAUACGGAAAAAGAAAAUUAUGGAGGCCAUGAAACGCCAAGAAGAGCAGGAGAGGGAGGUCGACCGACUUCUUGCCAUGGACGAGAGGAAGAGACCGUAUAACAGCCUCAAGUCGUACGACAGCGUGAGGCAACCAACGGAAGAAGAAAUGGAAGCAUAUAGACUCAAGAGACAGAGGAUGGAGGACCCGAUGGCCGCUUUCCUCACAAAAUAUUAAAGAACAAUCCCCAUGGUAUCGGCAAUCAAAGAUGGUCUAUAGUGCCAGCCGUCUCUGGAAUUCGACACCCGUAUGAUGUUUGCCAAGAAACAGAUGCUGUCCAUCACCCAGAGUAGAAUGGUAUUUCAUGAGCAAUACAUGUACAUGUAGAUGCUAUUUUAAAGAAUUUUCCCUGCAAUAUUGGAGGUCAAAGACGGUCCAGCAUCAGCUCUCAUUGGGAUUUUGACACCUUAAGGAUGUUCACCAAGUAACAUGUCUGUUGCCCAGAGUGGAGCUGAAAUUAAUGGCCAGUAGAUGCAAUGUAAUCCUACAUGUAUGUAUAUUCUUCACAUUGCCUCAUAUGCUAAAAAUCAUCUCACUACCAUUGCACCAAUGUAGCCUGAAUCAUGCAAAAGAAUAUCUAUCAUUCGAUUCAAUGAGAGAGAUUGAUUGUCUGCAUCUGAAGAUGCAGGCAUAUUACAGGGAUGUCUAGUGCCUCUCACAAGGCCGUUGUCAGCACACUGUUUGAAUCAACUUCCCAUAAUAUUGAAAGAUGAUUGGCUGACUUUGAGCCAUGGAAGACCUCAUGGCUGCUUUUAGUUUAUAGCAAUGUAUGAAAGAUUAGUCAAUGCAAUAUUAUUGGGAAAGGUGUGAAGAUAGUGUUUUCUUGCAAAAUACUGAAGAACAAUCACUGCAGUAGCAGCUACAUGUAGUAAGACAUGUGAAACUGAACGGACACUUUCUUCAUUUUAGAAGAAAAACUAUCCCAGGAAAACCUGAUGGCCACUUUAUUGAAGAAGAACCUCUGCAAUAUCAGUGCAUACAUGAAGGAAUACUGAAAGGCCACUUUCUUCAAAUAAAAGAAGAAGAGCAAGAAAUUCUUGUGGCGGCCUUUCUAAGAAAAUUGAAGAAAAGACCUCUGUAAUAUCAGUGGGUACAAGAUAGAAUACUGAAAGGCCUUUUUUAAUCAUAAACUGAAAAAUAAUCCCUACGCUUACAGCACGUCAAAAAUUGGAAAACCUGAUGACCACAUUUCAAAGAGAAUAUUGAAGAACAACCACUGCAAUAUCACUGGAAAAGAAAGGAAGGUUUGAAUGGUUGAUUUCAAAGUACUGAUAUGAAACAACUAUGUUCGCACUAGCAGCGGGAAUGAAGUGAAAGACCUGGUGGCUACUUUCCUCAUAAAACGUGAAGAAAAAAAAUCCUUGCAAUAGCAGCAGGUGAAAGAUGGAAGACUUGGGGCCCAUGACGCAAAGCUUAGCCUUCAUCGUAUAAUUUUUUUUUAAUGAUUGAUUGCAUUGACUACAAUGUACAAUUAAUCUUAGAAAUCAAGCGUACAAUUAAUCUCAUUAAUUUCUUAUUCAGUCUGAAUUAUGUUCUUUGAAUUAAUGAAAAUGGUAACAAUUGGUAAUACAUGUACAUGUAAUACCCAAAGCGAUUUUUUUUUCCAUCAAGUUGAUCAGUUUUUAUCAAGUUGACCACUACAAUAUCUUUCCGUGCUCUACCUUCAUAAUUACUCAUGUGUAUUUCCUAAGAAGAUCCAAUUUCCUCUUUGACUAGAAGAUUCAGUUACGAUAUACAUGUACAUGACUGUAACAAUUUCUUCCACCCUACGUCACAGAAGUGUCGAUAAAUGUUCGGGGUUUUUUUACAAAUAAAUUUUUAAUUCGUA